AUAUAAUGAAAGCGCUUAAAACACCGUGAUUAUCAACGGAAAUCGAAUUAUUGGAACUCUCCAUUUUGAAGGUCACAACGAUGGCUUUUCGUCGAGCGUUGAAAAGGUUAUUACAGGAGUUUCCAAACCAGAACUCCCGAAGCUAUGCCACAGAGGGCAGACAGUUGGUUACUAUGAUUCCAGGGGACGGAAUUGGACCAGAGAUUUCACAAGCCGUCAAGGACAUAUUUAGUGCUGCAGGGGCCCCUGUUGACUGGGAAGAUGUUGAUGUCACUCCUGUUAAAGGCCCAGAUGGAAAUUUUCGACUCCCUCCAAAGAUAUUUGAAUCCAUGGAUAGAACAAAAGUUGGUCUUAAAGGCCCAUUAGCCACACCUAUAGGGAAAGGCCAUCAGUCUCUAAAUCUGGCCUUGAGGAAAGCUUUUAGUCUGUACGCAAAUGUGCGCCCCUGCAAGUCGAUAGAAGGCUACAAAACAGCCUACUCAGAUGUAGAUCUGGUCACUAUUAGAGAGAACACCGAAGGUGAAUAUAGUGGUAUAGAACAUGUGAUUGUUGAUGGUGUGGUACAGAGUAUUAAAAAGAUCACAGAGGAGGCGUCUAUGAGGGUAGCGGAGUACGCCUUUUCUUACGCACGGGACAACAACAGGGACACAGUCACAGCCGUCCACAAGGCUAACAUAAUGAAGAUGACUGAUGGUUUGUUUUUAAAGUGCUGUAGACAUGUAGCCGAACAGAACAAAGAUAUUAAAUUUAAAGAGAUGUACCUUGAUACAGUCUGCUUAAAUAUGGUUCAAGAUCCCACUCAGUUUGAUGUGUUGGUGAUGCCAAAUCUCUAUGGUGAUAUUUUGAGUGACCUCUGUGCAGGACUUAUUGGAGGACUUGGGGUGACACCUAGUGGCAACAUAGGACAAGAUGGUGCAAUUUUUGAAUCUGUACAUGGAACAGCCCCCGACAUUGCUGGGGAAGACAAGGCCAAUCCAACGGCUCUGCUUCUCAGUGCUGUAAUGAUGUUACGAUACAUGGGUCUUGGACAGUACGCACGACGUAUAGAGACUUCCUGUUUUGAUGUCAUCAGAGAAGGAAGAUUUUUGACAGGUGAUUUAGGGGGAUCAUCUAAGUGUUCCGAGUUUACAGGAGAAAUUUGCAGAAAAGUGCAGGAGAUUGAGUAGGUUAAGACCGAGGUCUAGCAAUUAUUUAUUGAUAUUUUACUACAGACUUAAACUAUUCAUGUUGAGGGAUUGUUUCAGAUCUUUAAUUAGGAUUUUUAUAAAACACAAGGUAGAUCAUCUCUGUUAGAACUUCUGUUGUGCUUGUGAGCUCUUAGUACAAUUCUCUUUUCUGCUUGAACUUUCAGUAAGGUUUGACAUUCUCGGUGAUACAUAAUUAGUGUCUCUCAAAUGGUGACCUAGAUUCUCAUUGGUUAAGAAAGUAAUAACAUUAGCAACUUCAGACUGUUGUUAACAAACAAUGAGAUGACAUAAGCCACACCUCUUUACUGUAAGAAACAAUGUAAUUGGCUCCUUGCGUCACUUGUUGACGUCUGACCCAUUUUUAUCCCAUGUGUAUUUCACCCGUGAAUGAAAAGCUGUGUAAAUUUCAGUAUUGAUGAGCUAAUCUGGCAACCAAUGAGAAUCUAAGUCUUUAUUUGAGAGACACUAAUUAUGUAUAGCCAAGAAUGUCACACCUUACUGAAAGUUCAAGCAGAAAAGAGAAUUGUACUAUGUAUUUUUGUGUAUUCAUUGUCAACUGCUUUAUAAGUCCCAUGAUUUUUUUGUUUUUGUCAGAAAUACUGUUUAUUGACUUGUUCAAUAUUUUUGUAAUAUUUAAAAUUAUGGGACCCACUUUAGUUUUAUUUGAAUCUCAUAUCUGAGUUGUUUAUAAGCAUGUAUUUUGUGAUAAUGUGUGGAAAUAAGUGUCAAUGAAUUUCUUGCAAUAUUAAUUUUAAAGAUAGUAUCGUUUUUAUGUAAUGUAUGACAGUGUAAGUUUAAUGCAAUACUCCAGCCUCAAUAUCUGUCUAGUAGCGGACAAAGAAGUGACUAGAGGUUCCACACUGAAUUCUGAAGUCUUUGGUGUAUCUCAUUGCAGUGGAAAAGGUUGUCAUAUCUAUAAACAACACCACAGUUUGUCAUACUAAUAUCCUAAUUAUAACUACAAAGUUUUAAUAUACAUAUUACAGUUAAUUUAUCACAAACGUUGCCUGUCAAACCCAGCAAUCUUAAUGUAGCACUCAUUAACUGUGUAAAUUUCAUGCAGUUUGUAAGACAAAUCUAUUGUUAUCAAUUGUUUAAUUGAACAUUUGUAUUCUACAAGUAAGAAGAAUAAAAAAAAACUUUUAAAUGCUA